UACAUCAACUGUGGUAACCUGGAACAGCUAUUAGACAGUAACCAGCAUCUGCCCUGGACAGUGAGGGUGAAACUGGCAUAUGACAUUGCUAUGGGAAUCAGUUAUCUUCACUAUAAAGGCAUUUUCCACCGAGACCUUACAUCGAAGAACUGCUUAAUAAAACAUGAUGAGAAUGGAUACUCAGCAAUAGUGGGAGACUUUGGUUUAGCAGAGAAAAUUCCGGAUCACAGUGAAAAGUUACCAGUGGUGGGCUCACCCUUCUGGAUGGCACCAGAAGUUCUCAGAGAUGAACCUUACAAUGAAAAGGCAGAUGUGUUUUCCUAUGGUAUAAUUCUGUGUGAAAUUAUAGCAAGAAUACAGGCAGAUCCAGACUAUCUCCCUCGCACAGAGAAUUUUGGAUUAGAUUAUGAUGCCUUCCAGCACAUGGUGGGAGACUGUCCCCCUGACUUCCUCCAGCUGGCCUUCAACUGCUGUAAUAUGGAUCCAAAGUUGCGUCCUUCAUUUGCUGAUAUUGUCAAAACACUGGAGGAGACUUUAAACCGCCUAAGAAAUGAGGACUCGGAGAGAGAGAGAAAGUUUUUGAACCUUGACAGCAGUGAAAGAAAACCCAAAGGGUCAAUUGAAAAAGGACCAGGAGUAAAACGUUUGAGUUCCCUGGAUGAUAAGAUCCCACCCAAGUCACCCCGUCCACGUCGGAAUAUCUGGUUGUCACGCAGCCAGUCGGAUAUCUUCUCCCGCAAGCCUUCCAGAAAGAUAAAUGUGCAGGACCCCUACUAUACGCCAAACAAAGGGCUAGGCCGGAAAGUUAAUCCCUUUAGUGCCCGGGAGGACCUCAAGGGCGGGAAGAUCAAAUUCUUUGACAUGCCAAGCAAGUCAGUGAUCUCCCUUGUGUUUGAUUUGCAUUCUCCAGAGGCAGGUGGAGGCCUGAAAGCUGGCCAGUCCCAGUUCCGGCAGGCGUAUAGCACAGACUGGCAAGAAUUUUCCCUUCAUCCUGCGAGGAGAUGCAGAUCACUUCCGCUUUCUCCUGAAUUGCCACAUAAGGAAUAUGGCCUGUUUGGGGGACUGUCUUCAACUGUCAGCAGGUGUGACCCCACCCAGCUAAGCGCAGAGGUUCGGCAAAAGCUCCUGAGUAGCAGUAAAUAUGGUGUAUCAGAGAUUCCUCCCUUUCAAGCCAAGCCUCACAGGCCAGAAUUUCUUCCUGUACCAGGACAAGAAGAAGAUAUGGACUGUUCAGAUGGGCCAGUGUCCCAGGAGGAAAAUGGGGUUUGCCCUGUUGAGAACACAUGUGGAGAUCCAGCAUGUAAUCAACCAUUAGUGCUGGCCCAGCCUGAGCUGCUAUCUUACAAAAAACUCUCCAUUGAGAAUUCAGUGAACUCUGAGGGACAUGGCUCCUCACAAGUGUUUGCGGGUUGUCUCCCUUCUGAAGAGAUGGAGGUGGAAGAUGACCUACUGAAAAAUACUCCACUAGAGUCUACAAAGCCUCUGUUCAGUGUUAGUCCUUCCACUGAGAUGAAGAGAGAGGCAUGGCCCUUCAGGGAGCAGGAUGGGGACAGUCCUGCCCUGUUGUCUCAGACCGCCUCCAACAUCUCAGCAAGUGGCAGCACACAGUCAACUUGUGACAUAUGA